AAAGAUCUCUCACACUAAAAUGGACAUCAUCUUGUAUUCAUUAUGCCUGCAAUCAUCAUUCUUGGUUGCCUCAACCCGCAUGCCCCCCCGUUCUCCCCCACUCUCUCUCUCUAACCCCCUCCCCUCUUUCUCUCUCUAUGCAUAGUCCCUAUAUAACACAUACCAACCUCCACUUCUCUCUCCCACCACCUCUCUACCUAUUCACCACACACAAAUAUAUACCAUAACCUCUCUCAAUACAUAUUCGAUCUCAAAUUUCAAUUUGAUCAUCAAUUUCUUUUAAUUUGUUGUAUCCAUCAAAAUUCAAUGGCUAUCUCUGGUUUUGAAGGCUUUGAGAAGCGCCUGGAGCUCCACUUCUCUGGCGACGACCCCACCACCGGCAUCAUCGGCCUCCGGCAACUCGGCUUCGAGUACCUGGAGGAAGUGUUGCAUGCAGUGCAGUGCACAGUAGUAUCAGCUGUGGGCAACCAAUACUUCGACUCCUACGUACUAUCAGAGUCAAGCCUCUUUGUGUACCCCAGCAAGAUCAUCAUCAAGACAUGUGGGACCACCCAGCUCUUGAAAUCCAUCCGUCCAUUGCAACACUUUGUAUUUGAUCACUUGGGUCUCACUCUCUCCAUGUGUAGGUACACAAGAGGUAGUUUCAUUUUCCCCAAGUCACAACCCUACCCUCACACAAGCUUCAAAGAUGAAGUCUUGUACAUAGAAGAGUGCUUGCCAAACCAUCUUUGCUAUAGAAAAGCCUCUGUCAUGCCCUCCAAGUUGUCUUCUCAUGCAUGGCAUAUUUUCUCAGCUAGUGAUGAGUCCCACAUGGUGGUGCAGCACUUGCCCGACGUGUUAUACACUCUAGAAGUGUGCAUGACCGAGCUCGACCGUGUGCUUGCUCGUAAGUUCUUUCGCCGUCCCAAUGAUGGCAAAUCCGGGGACAUGGCCGGGAAGGAGAUGACCGACAUCACCGGCAUUGGUGACAUCAAUCCAAAUGCUCUUAUUUGUGAUUUUGGAUUUGAUCCAUGUGGGUACUCUAUGAAUGGUCUCGACGGAGAUCGGUACUCGACCAUCCAUGUCACACCGGAGGACGGGUACAGCUAUGCGAGCUUCGAGUGCGUCGGCUCGAUUUACGAUGAUUGUGACGAUGUGGUGGGGAUGUUACAUAGGGUGGUGCAAGUAUUCCGGCCGGGGACUAUAUCGGUGUCGAGUACUUGCACUAGCCAUGAAAUGUGGACACGUGUCACAAAAGCACUCGAGCCACUUGGAUUGAAAUGUCGGAGUUGUGCGGUUGACGAAUUUCCAGCUGUCGGGAGCGUGGUUUUUCAAACAUUUACAGCUCGUCGAAAAUAAAUACAAUGGUGAUAGUGACAACAACGGUGGCAGUGGUGGGGGAUGUGGAUACAUUGUGAGGUUUAGAGAAGCGAAAAAAAGGUACGUAAGAUUAGGGAGUUUUUAGGGUUUAGUUGAAAAUUAAAAGUGAUGAAUCAUCAAUGUUGCAUUGUAAGUUCAUUGGAUGGUGGAUGAUGAAUGGUUGUGGGAUUGACUUGUGUAGAAAGACAAAAAGUGGUGGGAAAUAGGGAUGAAGGGGGAUCAAAAAGGGUGUGGGUUCAUCAUAAUAUUGCACCCCACUUAUGUUUGUCACGCCUAAGAUUUUGAGCUUGUGUAUUAGUGGGAGGGUGAAAAUGUGGUCAUGUUGAGGUUAUAUGAACUUUUCUUUCUCUUUC